ACCAGAAAUCAAAAUACAGGUGGCUGUAUUAUACUAACAAUGAAUUGCUUUAAAUAAAGGCUAUAAAGGGUUUGAAUAAAGGAAUGCGCUUACAGUGUAUCAAGUUACUUGUAUAUAGCUACUAGCAUUUACCAUGCAACCUUGUGCCUAACUUUCUUUUACUUCCAUCACUUCAAAUCAAGGAAGCAAUUUGACUGUCGAGGCCGGCCAGUCUUGUUGGUGGUGGUAUCCUUCGCUCACGCAGGCAGAUAGUGAAGCAACUAUUAACUCAAGUACUUCAACUUUUAACUGCCUACCUCAAAUCCUCUGUAUAACUAUACAAAGUGAUGUCUAAGCUCAUCGUCAACGAUUUGAAGAAAGAAACAGGAGUAACAGACAAACAACUGGGACAGGCAUGUAGGAAAAAACACUUGAAAGAAAUUGCACAGCAUGUCGGAAACUAUCCUCAAUUUGCCUCGAAAUUCGACUUACCACCUCCUGUUGCAUCUGGUAUUGACACUGAUCUCAAAUUGUCGUAUGACCAAAAAGCGCAGAAAGUUUUCCUAUACUGGUGGAAAAAUGCCAAAAAUCGUACUUACUUGAAUUUUGUGCAAGCAUGCCUCGAGCUCGGUGAAGGGGGCAUAGCACGCAAAAUGUGCAAACUCAGUAAAGAGAGUGUCGAAGAUCAACCCUAUUCUGAGAUGAUUUCAGAUACCGAAGUCAAGGAAGAUUCACCCGCUUUGCCAAAGAUAGAGGGGAUGCAGAUGUUUUGCACCACUGAUGAUGAAAAACUGGAGCAGGUUGACCCAGCUGAUGCCUCCAACAUCCCAACAGAUGCUCAGGGUGGGGUGGCACGAUACCACUUGUUGUGGGAUGUGAAGCUAGUUCCAGAGCUGAAAGUUCAUUUUUUGAACCCUGAGAUUCUCACGAAAGAUAAUUGGACAUGUGGGCAUAGCCAUGAUCAACUGACAGCCAACAAUGUGCUUGACUGGGCCACUGUCUGGAAUAACCGUGCUAAAAGCUACCCACUGAUUGCUGAUGAGCUAGCAACAAAAGAAACAGCUCAUAUCCGUGUGGAAUUUACCAGUGACAAGAAAGUGAUAUCAUGGUCAAAGGUCGGAAGUGCAGCAUUGAAUACUGGCCAAAACGACCCAACAAUGGUGCUGAACUUGUAUGGCAUGGCUAAAGCUGAACAGAGAAGCAUGGUAAUUCAUGAGUUUGGCCAUGCUCUGGGACUGGAUCACGAGCAUCAGCGAUCCGACUUCUGGGAUGUGCUGGAAUCAAAAGAUGAAUAUGAAGAAUAUCGAUUUAUUAUUGGGAGAAGGCGAAUGAAAAGUGGAGAUGGUGGGCGUUGCAUGAGAGCUUGUGAUGCAGUGUUCCGAGGAAAGCUGAAUCUGCCACAUGAAAUUGAAAAGUCUGAGUACGACCCAGCCAGCAUCAUGCACUAUUGGUUUGACAAAAACUGGUUGUUGCCGGAGUAUCGAAAGCGUUCAGAUGUGGUCAAUGUUAGUGAGCAAGAGAGGAAGGUGCUAUUGGGAGUUCAUGACCGUGACUACAACAAUGGGAAUCUGGCAAAACAGCCAUCCGAGCUGGACUAUGAAACAUUGAAUAAGGCCUACAGUAACAAGGUGAGUUCUUGCCGCUCAUGUGCUGGACGCAGCCAAUGCAAUGGGAAAUCAUGUCCGUGCUUCCAUGAGGAAAAAGCUUGCACCCCAAAAUGUCACUGCAAACUAGACUCGUGUCGAAAUCCGAAUAAUGGCUCGCAUGAUGGCCAAAAGGUGCUCCAAACUGGAGCUGCUGCUGGUCCUCCAACCACUACCCAGUACUACACAAAGCCUGUCAGUGAAGCAAUGCAUGAUGUCCCAACAGUUGCUACUGCGAGUUCUCCACAGAGCGAUCAAUCUGGUGCACAGCCAGAAUAUCUGGUAGUCUCCUGCCUUGGAAAAAGAGCUUUGGCAUCAGAUAAAGAAGAUGAAACCUCUCCAAAGCGUUUGAAGAAGGAUAUCGGAUCAUCAUCGGAUCAUCCUGUCAAAAGCCCAAAGUUAAAAAAUACAACAGAGUCGUCCUCCACUGUUCUUACUCAAGAUGAUAUUCCAACAAUUUGUGAGAGGCUGGCGAGUGCAAGCAACAAUUGGUUCAAUUUGGGAUUGGCUCUCGGAGUGAAGUAUACACACUUGCAAAAUAUUCAAGAGCAAUUUCCUAAUAAUGAGCACCGCCUAACAAAUAUGAUGGCCAUGCGUCUCCAAGUUUCUGAUUCAAAGGAUCCAGUCACAUGGCCUUACAUCUGUGAGUGCCUAAGGCGUCCUUUAGUAAUGCGUUUUGAUGUAGCUGAUAACAUUGAACAAGUACUAGGCAUAUAGCUAUAGUAAAAAUGAAACAGUUUUUCUAUACGUGCAUACCAUAAUAGUUUUCUUCUGCAACACUGGACAAGUCUAGUGUCUUUUUAACCCAUAUAUAUAUUUUACAUGUACAUGCAGUAUAAUUAUUAUAGUUGUCAACGUCAUUGUUAAAUUUGUGUUCAGUUCCGACA